GGGCCGUUUGGCGAUCUGAUUUUUGCUGUUUCGCUUCAGCGCGGAACGUAGGCCUGUCCUGGGGGGGCCGGUUUAGUUUCCAAGACCCCUGCCUUCGAGGGAGGAGGCACCUUGCCAGGUCGUCAGGCCUGGUGACAGCCUUGCUGUCAGGUUGCAGCAUCCUUGAGAGAACCCUGGCUUUCUCGGUGAAGGCUUCCUGAGAGCUGCUUUAGGGCCGCAGAAGGGUGACCAGCGUUGGGUUGACUGCAGUUGUGCAUUGCGUAUCGGAAAUGUUGGGAGGACAUAUACGAAAUUUGCAUAAGACAGCUGUGCAAAAUGGAGCUGGCGGAGCUUUAUUUGUGCAUAGAGAUACUCCUGAGAAUAAUCCAGAUACACCAUUUGAUUUCACACCAGAAAACUAUAAGAGGAUAGAGGCAAUUGUAAAAAACUAUCCAGAAGGACAUAAAGCAGCAGCUGUGCUUCCAGUGUUGGAUUUAGCCCAAAGGCAGAAUGGGUGGUUGCCUAUCUCUGCUAUGAACAAGGUUGCAGAAGUUUUACAAGUACCUCCAAUGAGAGUAUAUGAAGUAGCAACUUUUUAUACAAUGUAUAAUCGAAAGCCAGUUGGAAAGUAUCACAUCCAGGUCUGCACUACUACACCCUGCAUGCUUCGAAACUCUGACAGCAUAUUGGAGACCAUUCAGAAAAAGCUUGGGAUAAAGGUUGGGGAGACUACACCUGACAAACUUUUCACUCUUAUAGAGGUGGAAUGUUUAGGGGCCUGUGUAAAUGCACCAAUGGUUCAAAUAAAUGACAACUACUAUGAGGAUCUGACGCCUAAGGAUAUUGAAGAAAUUAUUGAUGAGCUCAAGGCUGGCAAAAUUCCAAAACCUGGACCAAAGAGUGGACGCUUCUCUUGUGAGCCAGCUGGAGGUCUUACCUCUUUGACUGAACCACCCAAGGGACCUGGCUUUGGUGUACAAGCAGGCCUUUAAUUUAUAUUCAGCUGUAAAUAUGGCACUGGAGAAAUAAAAUAUGAACUUAUCUAUAUAAA